AUGGAUAAAGCAAGACAUCUGCGACUUGGGAAAGGUGGUGCUGGAGCACUUCGAGAGUACCUUUUAAGGAUGCAAUACAGAAAUCCUGGGUUCUUUGCACUGAUGGACUUAGAUGAUGACGGGAGGUUAAAAAAUGUAUUCUGGGCAGACCCCCGUAGUAGGGCAGCAUAUCAGUAUUUCGGUGAUGUGGUUGCAUUCGACACCACGUAUCUGACUAAUAGAUAUGAGGAUGAAGUUCGUAUGGAAGAGUUCACAAAGCCAGUUACACACUAUGUGGACUUUAGUGAGGAAGAUACAACUGCAAAGUGCUCAUGUGGAUUGUUUCAGAUGAGGGGGAUAUUGUGUAGGUACAUUUUGGUAAUAUUCAAAUGCAAUGGGAUUAAGUCUGUGCCAAAUACAUACAUUUUAGAUCGAUGGAGGAAAGACAUCAAAAGGAGUCAUCGGAUGUUUACUCAUGCUGCGUGUUCAAGUCGGCAUACUGAGGAUGCAACUACAAAAUUGUAUGCAAUGAUUGAGUUAUAUCGUGCCAACCAAGAACCCCCAUCGAUAACCCUAACUGGUGCGAGUGUUGGUUGUACGACUGCUUAUACAACUACAGUUGGAAAUUCAAAGCGAGUACUAAGUCCAAACGUUGUGAGAGGAAAAGGCAGACCCCCAUAUCUAGGGAGAGCAUCGAGGAUGGAGAAAGACAUGCGGAAAGUUAAAGCAAAGACGAAGAGAGCACCAGUGAUGGGGAAACACAAACAGGAUAUUUGUGACUUGUUAAUUGGCGAGAUGGAGGAGAUACUGCAGUUGUGGACACUUGUAAGAGGUUAUUUGGCCCUACGGAGAUGGAUACUCCCAAUGUUGAACAAGUCCAAGCUCGAGAAACGGUGA